CAGUGUCUACACUGCAUGAUGCCGGCCCGAGUCCGGCCACCCAUAUCCAGACUUUUUAGUGCCCUCCCAAAAUGUGGCAGCUCUACGCCUUUGUUCAUGGUGCAGUGUGAGAAAACUUGAUUGUCCUCCAAACUUGACUCCCCAAAGGACCAAAAAAGUUGGCCCAUGGGAUUGUGGGAUACUCUUGGCAAACUCUCAGAGCACAAGUCCAGUGGGGCUGCAUCUACCCUUCAAAGCAAUAGGGUUUGAACCCUGGGUCUCAGCUUUACUCAGGCUCGGACCCUCCACCCCCAUGGGCUCCUGGUAGCCUGUGUCUGAGCCUGGGUUAGCACGAUUUGUAUGUAGACAGAAGGGGAGUUAGGCUUGAGCCUGAGUUUGAACCCUGGGCUUACACGGCAGUGUAGAUUGCACUCCUUGAUAAUCUGUACACUAUUCCCUGAUAACCAGAAAUUUCUACGCUUAAACUCUGUACCAUUCACUUUUUUUUUUAAACAUCAUCUUAAUAAAAUUUUUAUACCCUCUUGUGGGCUUCCAGAGCCCAGGUACCAGCCCAAGCCUAAACAUCUACCCUGCAGUUUUGUAGCCCCACAGCCCAGUGAGCCUUAGUCUGCUGAAAAGGACCAGCCACAGGUGUUUUAUUGCAGUGUAGACAUAUCCUCAGAGUCCUAGAUUUCAAGGCCUGAAAGGACCACGAUGAUUAUUGAGUUUGACCUCCUGCAUAACACAGACCAUAAAAUUCUACACAGUAACUCUUACAAGGGAAGGAAUUAUUCUUCCAUGAUACAUAAUUGAAUGCUAUCAAGCCAAUAAUUUGUGAUUGAGCACCUUACAAAGGAAGACAAGUGAAAUCCCUGUUUUACACAUGGGGAAAUGAAGAGGUUCUGUGAAUUUUCCAAGACCACACAGGGAGUCAGCGACACAGCCAGGGAUAGAACCCAGACUCCUAACUCCCAGUCCAAUGCACUAUCCCUUAACUGCAUGGCUUUGGGCUGAGGUGGAAGAAACACUGAAGCGAAUUCAGAGCCAAAAGGGCGUCCAAGGAAUCAUUGUUGUUAAUUCGGAAGGUAUUCCUAUCAAAAGCACGGUGGACAACUCCACAACAGUGCAAUACGCAGGCCUAAUGCACAGCUUCAUCAUGAAGGCAAGGAGCACUGUGCGAGACAUUGAUCCCCAGAACGACCUGACAUUCCUGCGAAUCCGCUCCAAGAAAAACGAGAUCAUGAUUGCUCCAGAUAAAGACUAUUUCCUGAUCGUCAUCCAGAAUCCAACAGAAUGAGAUUGUCCUAAAUUAGUAUGGUUUUUCCCCCAGUACCCAAUAUUUUUAAAUUUAAUAGCCAAAAACAAAGCAUUAGGGUUAAUUCUAUUGUGCCACCUUAAUAAUGACCAGGAGGACCACCUUGUGCUCUUUUGUUGUUUACAAAGAAGUAAAAGUACCUUUCUUUUGUAUCACUAAAAUGGCAUUCCGUGGAAGGGGUCUGAGGAUUGAAAUCAAGUGACUUGGGCAGUCAGAAAUGGACAGAUUUCUUUUGGUGUUCAAGAAGAUAAUAUAAUAGAAAUUCUAAUAGUAUGAUCUAAAAAAUGAAUCUUUGUGGUUUGCACACUCCUGUCAAUUCUGUCUGAAGUAUGGUUUUACCUUCUUGGUUUUGAAUGACUGUAAAUAUGAAGCUUGAUUACUCAUAACUUACCUUCUUGUUUUUUGGUUUUUUUUGUUGCCGCUUUUAUGAUUUAUUUUGAAAAGGUCUUGCCUUAUCAAAUCAAUAAAAGUGUCAUCAGUGA